CCGGCCCGCCGCCCCGCGUGGGAGCCCGCGAAGGACAGAAUGACUGAGAACAUGAAGGAGUGCUUGGCCCACACCAAGGCUGCUGUAGGGGACAUGGUGACAGUAGUGAAGACAGAGGUCUGCUCACCACUCCGGGACCAGGAGUAUGGCCAGCCCUGCUCUAGGAGACCGGAGGCCUCUUCUAUGGAAGUUGAACCCAAGAAGCUGAAGGGAAAGCGUGAGCUCUUCGUGACCAAAAGCUUCCAGCAAGUGGACUUCUGGUUCUGUGAGUCCUGCCAAGAGUACUUCGUGGAUGAGUGCCCGAACCACGGUCCCCCCGUGUUUGUGUCUGACACGCCAGUGCCUGUGGGCAUCCCAGAUCGGGCGGCCCUCACCGUCCCACAGGGCAUGGAGGUGGUAAAGGAAGCUGGUGGGGAGAGCGAUGUGCGGUGUAUAAACGAGGUCGUCCCCAAGGGCCACAUCUUUGGCCCCUAUGAGGGGCAGAUCUCUACCCAGGACAAGUCAGCUGGCUUCUUCUCGUGGUUGAUUGUGGACAAGAACAACCGCUACAAGUCCAUAGAUGGAUCGGAUGAGACCAAGGCCAACUGGAUGAGGUACGUGGUCAUUUCACGGGAGGAGAGGGAGCAGAACCUCCUGGCAUUCCAGCACAGCGAGCGCAUCUACUUCCGGGCAUGCCGAGACAUCCGGCCAGGAGAGCGGCUGCGGGUCUGGUACAGCGAGGACUACAUGAAGCGCCUGCACAGCAUGUCCCAGGAGACCAUCCACCGCAAUCUGACCCGGGGAGAGAAGAGGUUGCAGAGGGAGAAGGCUGAGCAAGCCCUGGAUAAUCCAGAAGACCUAAGGGGUUCCACUCAGUACCCUGUGUUGAAACAGGGCAGAAGUCCCUACAAGCGCAGCUUUGAUGAGGGGGACAUACAUCCUCAGGCCAAGAAGAAGAAAAUAGAUCUCAUCUUCAAGGAUGUACUAGAAGCCUCACUGGCGUCCGCUAAUGUGGAAGCCCGCCAACUGGCUCUGAGCACCUCUCUGGUCAUUCGGAAAGUCCCCAAGUACCAGGAUGAUGACUAUGGUCAGAGCGCAGCUGCCAUGACCCAAGGCAUACAGAAUAUCCACCGGACCCAGGGGGAAGGGGACUGGAAGGUCCCCCAAAGGGUGGAGGAUGAAGAGGAGGAGCCUUCGUCGUUCAGGGCUGACAGUCCUGCCGAGGCCUCUCUGGCAUCCGACCCACAUGAACUGCCCACCACCUCCUUCUGCCCUAAUUGCAUUCGCCUAAAGAAGAAAGUGCGGGAAUUGCAGGCAGAGCUCGACACGCUAAAGUCUGGAAAGGCGCCUGAGCCCUCCGUUCUGCCUCCGCAGGUACUGGAGCUCCCUGAGUUCUCAGAUCCUGCAGCCUCAGAGAGCAUGGUCUCUGGCCCUGCCAUCAUGGAGGAUGAUGACCAGGAAGUGGAUUCUGCAGACGAGUCCGUCUCCAAUGACGUGAUGACAGUAACCGAUGAACCCUCCAAGAUGUCCUCCGCUGCUGGACGCCGCAUCCGGCGCUUCAAGCAGGAAUGGCUGAAGAAAUUCUGGUUCCUCCGGUACUCUCCGACCCUCAACGAGAUGUGGUGCCACGUGUGCCGCCAGUACACGGUGCAGUCCUCGCGCACCUCCGCCUUCAUCAUCGGCUCCAAGCAGUUCAAGAUCCACACCAUCAAGCUGCACAGCCAGAGCAACCUGCACAAGAAGUGUCUGCAGCUGUACAAGCUGCGCAUGCACCCGGAGAAGACGGAGGAGAUGUGCCGCAACAUGACUCUGCUCUUCAACACCGCCUACCACCUGGCCCUGGAGGGCAGGCCCUACCUGGACUUCCGGCCGCUGGCAGAGCUGCUGCGUAAGUGUGAGCUCAAGGUGGUAGACCAGUACAUGAAUGAGGGUGACUGCCAGAUCCUCAUCCACCACAUUGCCCGGGCGCUGAGGGAGGACCUGGUGGAGCGCCUCCGUCAGUCACCCUGCCUCAGCAUCAUCCUGGACGGGCAGAGCGACGACCUUCUGGCUGACACGGUGGCCGUCUACGUGCAGUAUACCAGCAGUGAUGGGCCCCCGGCCACAGAAUUCCUGUCCCUGCAGGAGCUAGGCUUCUCCAGCACAGAGAGCUACCUCCAGGCACUCGACCGGGCCUUUGCUGCCCUUGGCAUCCGCUUACAGGACGAGAAGCCAACUGUCGGCCUGGGAGUGGAUGGGGCCAACAUCACCGCCAGCUUGCGUGCCAGCAUGUUCAUGACCAUCCGCAAGACGCUGCCCUGGCUUCUGUGCUUGCCCUUCAUGGUGCACCGGCCCCACCUGGAGAUCCUGGAUGCCAUCAGUGGGAAGGAGCUGCCCUGUUUGGAGGAGCUGGAGAACAACCUGAAGCAGCUGCUGAGUUUCUACCGCUACUCGCCGCGUCUCAUGUGUGAGCUGCGCUCCACGGCCUCCACCCUGUGCGAGGAGACGGAGUUCCUGGGGGACAUCCGUGCCGUGCGGUGGAUCAUUGGUGAGCAGAAUGUCCUGAACGCCCUCAUCAAGGACUACCUGGAAGUGGUGGCCCACCUCAAGGAUGUCAGCAGCCAGACGCAGCGGGCGGACGCUUCCGCCAUCGCCCUGGCCCUGCUGCAGUUCCUCAUGGACUACCAGUCCAUCAAGCUCAUCUACUUCCUGCUGGACGUGAUCGCCGUGCUCUCACGCCUGGCCUACAUCUUCCAGGGAGAGUAUCUCCUGGUGUCGCAGGUGGACGACAAGAUCGAAGAGGCCAUCCAGGAGAUCAGCCGGCUGGCAGACUCCCCGGGGGAGUACCUGCAGGAAUUUGAGGAGAAUUUCCGAGAGAGCUUCAAUGGGAUCGCCGUGAAGAACCUCAGGGUGGCUGAGGCUAAGUUCCAGGCUAUCAGGGAGAAGAUCUGCCAGAAGACACAGGUCAUUCUGGCACAGAGGUUCGAUUCCCGAAGCCGGGUCUUUGUGAAGGCCUGCCAAGUGUUCGAUCUAGCCGCCUGGCCCAGGAACAGUGAAGAACUCCUGAGCUUUGGCAAGGAGGACAUGGUUCAGAUCUUCGACCACCUGGAAGCCAUUCCUACCUUCUCCCGGGAUGUAUGCCGCGAAGGGGUGGACCCCCGGGGAAGCCUGCUGAUGGAGUGGAGAGACCUCAAGGCUGAUUACUACACCAAAAAUGGCUUCAAAGACCUCAUCAGUCACAUCUGCAAGUACAAGCAAAGGUUUCCGCUCUUGAACAAGGUCAUUCAGGUACUUAAAGUCCUCCCCACCUCCACUGCCUGCUGUGAGAAAGGCCGCAGUGCUCUCCAGCGGGUCCGAAAAAACCACCGCUCCCGCCUGACCUUGGAGCAGCUCAGUGACCUGUUGACAAUUGCUGUGAAUGGACCACCCAUCGCCAACUUUGAUGCCAAGCGAGCCCUGGACAGCUGGUUUGAGGAGAAGUCUGGCAACAGCUACACACUGUCAGCCGAGGUCCUCAGUAGGAUGUCUGCCCUGGAGCAGAAGCCCAUGCUGCAGGCUGUGGACCAUGCCUCUGAGUUCUACCCAGACAUGUAG